GAAGAAUUAAAGAUGGCAAAAAGUGAAGAUGGCAUACACAUCUUGCAGGGCCUCUUAGUCUUUGGGAAUGUGGUCAUUGGGUUGUGUGGCAUUGCCCUGACAGCAGAGUGCAUCUUCUUUGUCUCUGAUCCCCAUGGCCUCUACCCUCUGCUGGAAGCCACAGAGAAUGAUGACAUCUAUGCUGCUGCCUGGAUUGGCAUCUUCGUUGGCUUUGCCCUCGUUGCUCUGUCUAUCCUGGGCAUCAUUGGAGUCAUUAAAUGCAACAGGACCUUGCUGCUGGUGUACAUUAUCCUGAUGCUGAUCACUUAUGCCUUUGAAAUGGCUUCUUGCAUCACAGCAGCGACUCACCGAGACUUUCUCAACCCGAAUCUCUUCCUGAAGCAAAUGCUGGAGAGGUAUAAGAAGGCAGAGGCAGACAACAACAAUGACAAAUGGAUGACUGAGAGGGUCACGAAAACAUGGGAUAGACUCAUGCUUCAGGAGCGGUGCUGCGGGGUGCGGGGUCCCUCCGACUGGCAGCUGUUC